AAAACACAAAUAAUUUCUAUAUGUUUUUUUUUUCUCUUUUACUCCAUAGAUAAAUGGAAAAAACGAUGGGUGGAAUCUAAACAUCAGCCGGAUUAUGGUCAAUUUCAGCUCACUGCUGGAAAAUUUUAUGGGGACAAAGAGAGAGAUAAAGGUCUCCAGACCAGCGAAGAUGCCAAGUUUUAUGCCCUCUCAACCAGGUUUAAACCAUUCAGCAAUGAGAAUGAGACCUUGGUGGUUCAGUUUUCAGUAAAACAUGAGCAAGGCAUCGAUUGUGGUGGCAGGUAUGUGAAACUCUUUCCUGCCACCCUGAAGCAGGAGGAUAUGCAUUCGGAAUCUGAGUAUUACAUCAUGUUUGGCCCUGACAUCUGUGGCUUUGGCAACAACAAAGUACAUGUCAUCCUUUAUCACCAAGGGAAAUACCAUGAGAACAACAAGACCAUCAAGUGCAGGAUCAAUAAAGACACUCACUUGUACACUCUGGUCAUUCGCCCCAAUGCUACUUAUGAGGUCAAAAUUGACAACCAGCAAGUGGCAGCUGGCAAUCUGGAGGAUGACUGGGACUUCUUGCCGCCUAAGAAAAUAAAAGACCUGUAUGUUCGGAAACCAAGGAAAAGCGAUGUACGCCUGCAAAUAGAGGAUCCUGAAGAUCAGAAGCCUGAGAACUGGGAGGACUUUGAGUAUAUCCCAGACCCAAAGGCCAAGAAGCCAGAUGACUGGAAUGAGGCUAUGAAUGGGGAGUGGGAAGAGCCUCUGAUUCUAAACCCAAAAUAUAAGGGACAGUGGAAACCUUGGAUCAUUGACAAUCCCAGUUACCAGGGGGAGUGGAUUCAUCCAGAAAGAGACAACCCUAAAUAUAAGCCUGACCCUACCAUUUGUCACUAUUAUAACAUCAGUGUUCUCGGCCUGAACCUUUGGCAGGUAAAAUCAGGCAGCAUCUUUGACAAUUUCCUUCUUACAAAUGAUGAAGAGUUUGCUGAAGAGGUUGGAAAUAAUACCUGGGGAACAAGAAAAGACCCAGAGAAGCAAUGGAGAGAACUGCAUGAGGAAAUGGAAAAAAGAAAGCGGGAAGAACAGGCCCAGAGGAAAAGGGAACAGGAGGAGGAGGAGGACAAUGAUGACUUCUGGAGAACUGAAGAAAAGGGAAAUGACAGGCAGAUGCUGGAAGGAGAUGCUGAUGGAGCAUUUCCGGGUAAAAAUGAAGAAGCCCUUGCUGACUGGAAGGAUGAACUGUAA